AUGGAUAAUAUUAAAUGGUUGGAAGAUCAUUAUUGUUGUUAUGUCAUUGAUACUAGUACACCUGAUGCAUUAGAAAAAAGUUUUAAUGCUUGGUUAAAAAGCUCUCCAUCACAAGAAUAUAAUAUAUGUUAUCAAUUUCAAUCUACAAUACCAGAUACAUAUUGUGAUACAUCAAAAGAAUAUUCUAAUUAUUAUCUUAACAAUAUUAAUUAUUUUAAUUAUCCAAUUACAAAUGAUUGUGGUAUUUUAAAUAAUAAUACAACAACAGAAAUAUCAUCAAAUAUACCAAGAAUAGAAAAUGAAAAAAAACAACCACGUAAACGUAAUAGUCAUCGAAGAACUUCAGGAACAAAUUUAUAUGGAAGACCAUAUUGUCCUGGAAGACCACUUUCAAUGUCAGAAAGAUGUCGAAUUAUUGAGUUACAUCGUCAAGGAAUGAAAGUAAAUGCAAUUUCAAAAGCUUUAUGUGUUAGCCAUGGUUGUGUUUCUAAGAUAAUUAGCAGGUUUCGUGAAACAGGUUUAUUAUCACCUUUUUCAAAUUCUGAAAAUAGAAGAAAUAGGAAAGGAAUAAAAAGUAAUAACAAUAAUUUAAACAACAACAACAAUAACAACAAUAAUAAUAAUAAUAAUAAUAAUAUAGGUAUUGUAAAUAAAAACGUAAACAGCAGUCCACAAAGUACAUGUGAUACAUUUGUUAUUUCUUCUAACAUCACUACAGAUGUACAAGUUUCUGGAACAAACUAA